AUGCGAUCCCAAAUAGUCCUAGCCAUCGGCCUUGUGGCUCUCGUGGCGGCUGCUUACGGCGCAACCACUACAUCAGAUCCAUCCUCGUCGACGUCUUCCACCUCACCGUCAUCUGAUCCUUCGUCGACAUCAUCUUCUUCCAAGUCCGAUCCAAGCACUGCCUCGACUUCUUCAACUCCUUCGAGUUCGACUUCCUCGACUUCUUCAACUCCUUCGAGUUCGACUUCUACAAGUCCCUCCAGCACUUCUUCGACUUCCACUCCUUCCAGUUCCUCGACUUCGACGACCACACCAACUGCAGCAUCCACGCCCACUACUUCCAGUACGACCAGUACGACCAGUACAGACAGCGACACGUCUUCCUCGACCUCCAGCGAGGAGGUGGACAGCCUCAAGGAAAAGCUCCGCAGGCUUCGCAGGUUGAGGCGCCGUGAGCUUCGUCGGGAGAGGCGGCAGGAGAGGCAGCAGGAGCUUCGUGAAGAGAGGCAGCAGGAGAGGCGCCAGGAGAGGCAGCAAGAGAGGCGCCAGGAGAGGCGUGCUGGAAGGAGGCGCAACCGUCGGGGAUAG